UUGAUCGUUUUUUAUCCAUGGGCCCUCUAUUGAUUAACACGCUAUGGCGGUCCUACGCAACGAAAUUGACUGGGCCCCAAAUGACUUUGAUGGCGCGGGGAUUGCCUAAGAAGGAACAGAUUAUUGGAGUGCAAGAUAUAAUAGUGGUUGCUUCUGGAAAGGGGGGUGUAGGCAAAAGUACCGUGGCAGCUAAUUUUGCCUGCAGUAUGGCAAGACUGGGAAAGCGAGUAGGAUUGCUGGACGGGGAUAUAUUCGGGCCUACUAUUCCACUUCUAAUGAACGUCCAUGGUGAGCCGGUUGUGAACGAUAGGAAUUUGAUGAUCCCGCCGCAAAACUACAAUGUAAAGUGCUUGUCUAUGGGCAUGCUGACACCUGUAGAGACCUCUGUUAUAUGGCGAGGUCCUCUUGUAAUGUCAGCAAUACAACGGCUGCUUAAAGGUGCUGAUUGGGGACUUUUAGAUGUCUUGAUUAUAGAUACUCCACCGGGCACUGGAGAUGUACAUCUCUCACUAUCCCAGCAUGCACCUAUAACAGGUGUUAUUCUUGUAACAACACCUCAUACUGCAGCUGUUCAGGUGACCUUAAAAGGUGCCAGGAUGUACGAAAAGUUAAAUGUUCCCAUCUUUGGCGUGGUAGAAAAUAUGAGGUACACAAUUUGUGAAAACUGUAAUCAACGAUUGGAGUUUUUUAAAGACAGCCGUAUAAAAUCCCUACCACGUAAACUAAUUUCCCUUCCGUUAGACUCACAAAUAGCGGAGUGCAACGAGAGUGGAGUGCCCGUUGUGGUAAAAUAUCCAAACAGCAAGUACUCAAAUCUAUUUAACCAAUUGGCUGGGGAGAUUACAAAAAUUCUUAACGAACAAAGCUGUAAACAAACAAAUUCAAAGUAACAGUAACAGCGCCCAGUGCAAAUAAAGUUUGUGUAAGCCAUAAACGAUAAAACCAAUAAAGCUAUCACGGA